AUGGAACGCCGGAUUUCCUUUUCCAAGUCCCGAGCUCCGGUUGGGCUAGUGGCUGCCGUUCUUUUUGUAUCAUACUGGAACGGGCUUUGGACGAGUGCGGUAACAGGAACAGCAAUACACCCGCAGUGCACAAUAGGGAAGACGAUGACUACUUGUACCUGCCGAUCGUCGCCAGGUGUAAGUACAGGAACUGUUGGGGCGGGUAGUAGCGCAACUCUGUCGGAGUCGAGUAAUGCAAUCACUAUUCAGUGUUCCGAUGCAGGCUUCGAAUUUGUACCUGCCGCUGAAAAUCAUGUAUGCACUUCAAGUGAGGAGGAGAAGGAGGCAACCCCUCUGAAAUCGUGCAAGGAAAACCAGGGUGAAAAAAUCUCUCCCAUUACAGAUUUUCUGUCUCACGUCUCCGACACCAACCCACCGGCGUGGACGAAGACAGACGGAGAUACGAAGGAUAAUUCAUUAACCAUUCCACCGAAUAGUUUCCCAUUGACCGACAAAAGCUUCUUCGCCGGCUGCCGAAAAAGCACAAACAACAAUGACGAGUGCGUGGUGAAUGUCAGCGUCAAGGCCAGGACAUCGGCAGUCAAGGACGGUGUCCUCACUUGUGCCUACGGCAAAGAGAGCAACUCAUCUGUUCCAGAAGUAACACUGAAUUCCGAGAACAACUCGCUGACUAUCCAGUGCGGCAGUGAGGGACAGAUGGAGCCGACUCAGCAAUCCUUGACUGCCUACCACUGCGCCGGCUCCAACACAACUGACUGCAAGAAGGUGAACCUGACUGAGAUCAUGCCGACCUUCACAUCCAGCUGGUGGACAACGGAUGAGCAGAACUCCAAGGCACCGAAACUGGUGAUUCCGGAAGACGGGUUUCCUGCUCAGGAAGAAGCGAUUGUGUUGGGUUGCAACCAAAACAACAACGUUGCCUCGAGGGCUGAGGAGGUUGAUGGACCCACAGCUGCAGCUCUGCCGACAUGCAGAGUGAAGGUGACACUCAGUGCCCAGACCUCGGGUUCACAGGCCUCGAACGAUUCCUUCCUCGGAUUGUUCGUUUUGUCUUUCAUUCCCUAUUUGAUGGGCGCAUGCUGA